GCUCUUUCAUUGCUAGUGUGUGUAUUCCCAACCCCAAGCAAUUGAAGUGAAAAACAAUUAUACACAGAACAUCAGAAAGAGCGAAAAUGCAGGCCGCGAAGAAUGCAAAGGAAACGGCAGCCAACGCAGUGGCCUCCGCUAAGUGUGCCGUGGUGAAGACCAAGGCCACCGUAGAUGCGAAGAUGGAAAUGGGGAAAGCCCGUGACCCAGCGCAGAAAGAAGCGGUCACUAGAAAGAAAGAGGAGAGAAUAAUCCAGGCUGAUCGCCAAGAGCAGCAGGCGCGUGCAUGCAACGCAGCAGCCAAACAGUCGGGAAAGGCUGGCACAGGAGGGCCCACAGGUGUCCAUCCCACCGGAACCCACCCAACGUCAGCCUUGCCUGGACAUGGCACUGGCGGGCAUCCCACCGGAACCCACCCAUCGUCAGCCUUGCCUGGACAACGCACUGGCGGGCAUCCCACCGGAACCCACCCAUCGUCAGCCUUGGCUGGACAAGGCACUGGCGGGUAUCCCACCGGAACCCACCCAACGUCAGCCUUGCCUGGACAAGGCACUGGCGGGGUGGGCUCGCACCCCAUUGGGACCGACAAAGCUGGCACAGGAAGGCCCAAUGUCAAUAACCGCCGUGAUCAGGGUUAUGGAUCUUGAAGUUGGAUUAAUAUUAGAGCAUGAAUGGAGGCACCGUGCACGUCGUGUGUAAUUGUUGGUUUGAUGUUUUGUUUUUUUUAAUCAUUCUGUUUGUGGUUUUCCCGCAUUUAAGGUGGUGCUUUCUGGCUGACCUUAGAUGGUAACUAUGUAGUUCGGUGUUCCAUUUGAAUAAAAAUACAACGAUUAUUCAAUUAA